CUGAUGCUUUGUAGAGGCUGGCUCUGGGUCUUUCAGCAGUGUGGAGCCUGUGUAUCACAGCAGCUUGUGGAUUUGGGCGGGAGGUUGGCUGGUAAACGUGGGCCCUUGCUUCAGGUCUACUCAGCAGUCCUUUUGGUGGUAUUUUCCUGUCUCUCCCCUCUGUGGCAGAGCUGUCCCUUAUGCAGUAUGUUUCUGUAGGUGAUAUGCUGUGUUACAUCCGUGAAAGUAAGGAGAGAGCUGCUGCAAUGAUUAAGUCAGAGGUUCUCAGAGAGCGCCAGGAGACGGCACGGAAAAUGCGGAAGUACUACUUGACAUGUCUUCAACAGCUUCUUACUGAUAAUGGGAAACAGGAAGGAGCUGAAAAGAAAAUAAUGAAUGCUGCCAGCAAGCUUGUUACAAUGGCUAAAGGACUUGAAACACCUCUUCGACACACACUGCAGUGCAAAACUACCUGCUCAGCUCUGCUGUUAAAUUCUGACCUGCCUACUGGAGUAGAAUUCUCAAAAAGAGAUUGCCUGUCUCAAACUAGGCCAAACAAUAUGGAAAGCAAAUCUUGUGGCAAAAAUACACCUGAAGAAGCUAAUGAUAAAGUUGUUCAGAAAUACAUACCACGUGACUUGAGACGACAAUUUGAUGCAAGACAGACUGAGGCACAACAUAUGCUUCAUGAAACAGAUACUUCACAUAUUCAGAAUAGGAAUACCUAUAAACAUCUUGUUAAUGCUGGAAGAGAUGGACUGUCAAAGAUUCUUCCAAAUGUAGAUGGAAGAGAAGAAAAAUACAGCCACGUCGUAAACAUAGACAAAGAACUCUUGUGUGCAACUAGUAAUUUUGCAAAUCCAAACGUCCCUUCAUUUGUUUGUCAAGGACAGUUAGAAAAUGUAGAUGCGGCUAGACUUGAAAAUGGCCCUGCCAUCUCAGGGUCAGCUCAUCACAUGCUUAAGAGUAAAAAUGAAAGAACAACCUUGAAAGAUGAUAAAUGUGUCCUCUCACGUGGGACCUGGCAAACUGCAUAUGAAAGAAUUCAGGACUUUGAUUUUCCCAGAACUCCUGAGAGGGAUGAAGGAAGCUGCAGUGAAUGGAGUUCUGCGAGUGGAAGUUUGCAUCUGGGCGGUUCUGAUAAGUCUGCAGUGUAUCCUGAAGAAAAGCCCACUACCAAUGAACAGAGGCAGAGUGUGUGCUGUGAAGGACGUGAAAAUUUUGGUGGUACUUGGAAAGAACUCACUAAUGGCAAUGUCAAGAAUCUCAAUUAAAAAAACAGCACUAUAGUUUACAGUAGAGAUCAAGUGAGGUCAAACUCAGAUCAUAUUUCAUCUCUUGGGUCUGACAAAUCAAAUUCUGCUAACACACAAACUAAUAUGCUGCCAAUCUGAAAUACAGAAAAAUGCUGCAACAAUACUUUGAAAAGAAUGGCAUGGGAUCCCCAGUCUCUUCAGCAAAGCUCUGAUUCUGAUAGCCCACUUAAAAUAAAAAAUAAAAUAAAAAAAAACCAACUUGAACCAAUAUCAGUGAUAACACAUUUUUUUCCCUUUCAAGUGAGUAUAAAUUUGAGUGUGAAGAAAGGAAAUGACCCUGUUUUACUGGGUCCAUUUCAUGACCAAUGUUACAGUUUAGACUGUUGCAUGAAGAAAUUCUAUGCAAUCACUUGAAAUAUUAACGUAGACUUUUGUUUACCUCUGUAACAGUGCUUUCAUAGCUGUUUAUAGUGUAUUAUGUACUUUUAUUAAAAAUAAUAU